AUGGCUUCCCGAGCCGCAGCUGGCGCCCGCCCCGGUGCUCGAUUCGCCCAGUUCAAACUGGUCUUGCUGGGAGAGUCUGCUGUUGGAAAGAGUUCGCUGGUACUCAGAUUCGUCAAGAAUCAAUUUGAUGACUACCGAGAGUCGACGAUCGGCGCCGCCUUCCUCACGCAGACGAUUUCCCUGGACGACAGCACGACGGUGAAGUUUGAAAUAUGGGAUACCGCCGGCCAGGAACGAUACAAAUCCUUGGCCCCGAUGUACUACAGAAAUGCGAACUGCGCCGUUGUGGUCUACGAUAUCACACAAGCUUCCUCCCUCGAUAAGGCCAAGUCAUGGGUGAAGGAGUUGCAACGUCAAGCAAACGAAAACAUCGUGAUCGCCCUCGCCGGUAACAAGCUUGACCUGGUUACGGAGAACCCGGAUAAGCGAGCUAUCUCCACGGCGGAUGCUGAAGCCUAUGCCCGCGAAGCUGGGUUGCUCUUUUUCGAAACUUCCGCCAAGUCCUCUACGAAUGUGCAUGAACUGUUCACGGCGAUCGCGAAGAAGCUGCCGCUCGACCAGGCCGGUCCCCGCAACAUGAGGACCACCCCCCGUCCUGGUGUGGACUUGCGCCCAGAAGCUCCCGGUACCCAGGGUGCCGGGUCCUGCAAUUGCUAG